AUGAACGAAGGCCAAUUGGAUAGCCUGGCAAGAAGCGCAUUGUUGAAGAGGGUUAAGUUAUGACUUGUGCGAUGUAUAGUUGGGAAUAUUUUUUUUUAGGUUCAUCAAGUAAAGCUGCUAAUGAAAAUGUUCUGUACCCCCUGACUGGGUAGACUGCUACGCCGACUACCACUCCUACUCCUACUACUUCUCCCCGGGCGUUUAUAUUAAGUACUCACUUAUUAAAGUAAGUGGUUGUAGUAGUAAGUACCCGAGACACGAUUUCAAAUUGAAGAACGCCGUCCUGUCUCCCUUGUUCGUCUCCCUUGCACGUCUCCCUUGUUCCCUCCACCUGUGUCUCCCUCUAAUCCAUCCCGGAGAGCAAAUUAUCAAGGAGGGGGAAAUGUUCGCGGACCGCUUCUACGUUAUCCAGAGUGGCUCUUUUUGCUUCGAGAAAAAUGGAAAAAGAGUCGGGUCCUCUGCAGGACCAGAAUGCUCGUUUGGCGAACUAGCUCUGUUGUAUCACGUUCCCAGAGCGGCGUCAGUGUUUUGCGAAGAGACUGCUGGGCAGAGCGCUGACAGUUCAUCCGCGGCUAGUGCAGCCACAGCCCCAACUGAGAGAGGCGGGGAAAACACUGCUGUUGCUGUUGCUUCGAGUUCAGAACAGACUGAUUCUUCUUCGUCAGCAGUUGCAGUUCCAACGGCAGCCGCCAGUAAUACGUCAUCCACUAGCAACCAGAACCAAGAUGUCCUGGCACUUGACAGCACUGCCAGGGAGCAACAAGGCGGCGGACGUCUGUGGGUUAUCUCGAGGUCUGCUUUCAAGCGCGAACUAGUCGGCGGCAAUGACGAGAAGGUGAACGAGUAUGUGGAAUUCAUUUCCAGCAUCGAGACCUUCCAAUGUCUCCUUUCAUCUGAGAAACAGCGCAUGGCGGAGUCUUUGGUGGAGUUGACUUUUGAGAACGGCAAGGCGAUCACCCGAGAAGGCGACAAAGGAGAAUUCUUCUACAUACUGAAGCAAGGGAGUUUGCGAAUUAUUCAAUCGGAACUGCCACCUGAGUCAGUGCAAGAUGGACUGCCACUGCCAAGUGCGGUUCUUGAGAAUGCAGCAAACGCGGCAUCUAGUGGUAGUACAGCUGCUGGCGGUGAUGGUGCUGUUGCAGGUAACACGGAUGGAGCUAGUGCAACGAAUGGAGCAAGUACAGCACAAGCGGCUCAAACCACUGCCGCCUCUAGCACACCAGCAUCGGCGGGUGAAGCUGCAGCAACUCCUGCUGCUAGUGCAACACCAGAGCAAGCGCCGAACAAGGGAGAGGAAAAUGAUGGAGAAAGUACAUCCUACUAAUUUUCGUAGGUAGUUCAUCUUAUGCAUUACUACUAAUUUAUUUCCUAGACGUACGGGUGUUUUUUUGAUAUUCAUUUGUUCACGUCGUCGUUGUUCAGAAUACUACCAGUUGCAGGUUCUAAUCUUCUUUCUCUUUUUCCCUCGCAUUACUACAAAACCUCCCAAAAAACCACAAACAGGAAGCGGCUUCGUGAAGUUCGAUGCUGCUAAGCCUUAUUGGUUCGGAGAACGUGCCAUCAUGCGAAAUGAACCUAGGAGAGCAAGCGUGCUCGCCGCAGAAGACAACACUAAGAUUUUGGCACUCUCAAAGGAAGCAUUCGAGAAUGUUCUUGGUAUUCAUUUUCCACUACUUGAUCGUGAUACCUUUGCAGUUUCAGAGCCAGAUUUUUCUUUCCAAAAGAGCAUGAUGUGCUCGACAUAUGGACGGUGUUUUUUACGCCAUACUUUCGUGCUUCUUUCAAAGUCCCAUUUUUAGCAUAACUCAAAAAUUUUAUUACCACCUCAAAAAUGUGAAUCAAUCCUCUACCGCGGACAGGUCCUCUAUUGGAUUUAGUGUCUGACAUCGGUUUCUUGAGCCGCAAGAAGAUCAAUAGGCAGUCGAAGAAGGAGGAAAAUGUGGAGUUAGAAGAGCUUCAACGCGUAGGACUAUUAGGCUGUGGCGGUUUCGGUGCGGUCACCUUGGAGCAGCAUAAGAAGACGCACAAGACCUACGCCCUGAAGGCUUUGAGUAAGGGAUAUGUGGUGAAAAUGAAGAUGCAGAAAGGCGUUCUGCGAGAAAAGGAGAUCCUUUCGGUACUAAUAGUACUAGCGAUCCACUAUAGCUCCACCUGUAAAAUUCAGAAGUACUGACAACGAAACUACACUCUCAAGAAAUCCGAUAUCGCUUUUGUACUUGUUGAUUCAGUAAUCUACAAUUUCAAUUUUAGAGAAUAACAACCUCUGCAUCUUCACCAACCUCUCCCGCCACACCCCACAGAUUUGCAGUUCGCAGUUUAUCAUCCGAUUGCAUGCGACCUUCAAGACAACCGAGUAUCUCUACUUCCUUCUCGAGCCUGCACUUGGUGGCGAGCUUUUUGCGGUCUACCACAAGUUCCGCUUUCAUGGUAGCGUCACGAAGGCGAAAUUCUACUCAGCGUCUGUGGUUUUCGCACUUGAGCACCUGCAUGAGCGCAAUGUGCUCUACCGGGAUUUGAAGCCAGAGAAUUUGCUUCUCGAGGCUCGCGGUUACUGCAAGUUGACCGACAUGGGCUUAGCGAAGAUCCUGACGAGCGGCAAGACGUAUACCACUUGCGGCACGCCAGACUACUUUGCGCCCGAAGUCGUACGACAGGCAGGGAUGACCAAAGCCGUAGAUUGGUGGACAUUAGGCAUUUUGAUCCACGAACUUUUAGCCGGACACGCGCCGUUUGAGGCUAGCGAUCAACUCGACACGUACCAGAACAUCUGUCGAGGUGCUGAAGCCGUGAACUUUUCCAGUUACAAAGACCGAGAUCCAGACGCUGUCGAUCUAGUGAAAUCUCUACUAGCAGAGCAUCCCAACGACCGAUUACCAAUGAAGGGCUUGCGUAGUCUGCGACUGCACAAGUGGUACGCGCGAUUCGACUGGGAAGCGUUGUACCAGUUCACGAUGCGGCCACCACAUCUCCCGAAGGUUCGAUCCGUCACGGAUCUGAGUAACUUCAGAGCGCAAGAGGCAGACCUGCCACCUCAGAUCAGCUACCAAGACUCUGUGCAUGACGCAUGGGAUCAGGACUUCUAGAACUGUGGUGUGUGAGGUUGGUUCUCGGACGAUAAGGCCGUUCUUGUGUGAGGUUCCUUCUUCUAGUUUUUCUCUUCUUUGUAUCUGCCGUGAAGAUCUGCACUUGUAAGUAGGACCCACGUUGUACUCGAUUAGAGACCAUGAUGGAUAAAAGAGUAACAGUAAGAACCUACUCACGAAUUUUAGUUAUAAAUGAGUAAAACAUCUGAGAUAGUUGUUUACCGUGAUAAAUCAAAACGUUAGCAUAGUUAGCAAUAUCACCUAGCAAAACAUCAAAUCAUUUCUUCUCUUUUCGUCUUAACAUAUUUAGCAUUUAUUGGAACAUUUACAUUUUAGCACUUUAGUAGUUGUUAGCGCCCAAGGGGGCAGAAGAAGCGAGUGGAGGAAAUUCUUGAAAAUUUUAAUGAAAGCGAAAUGAAAAUACGACUAGCAGGCCUGUAACGAACGUUGUCGUUGUAUCAUCUAAGAAAUACUUAUUACAAUAACGUUGCAGUACCAGUACUAGGUGCUUGUGUCAUCUGGGUGCCUGUCGUGUCAUCUAAAUUUUCUGGUAGCUUGUAUCGUCGCAUGUUUUGGCCUUGUGGUUUCUUCUCUCUACGUACGCUCUUACUGAUAGUUAGAAAUAACUCUGCAUAAGUAUGUUCGUUGUUUCUUUUCGCUUUUUAUCACAUAGACAACUCCUUCUACGUCAUAGACAUACUCUGGCGAGAAGUGAGCAACUGCUAAAAGUAAAACACUAGAAUAUAUUUAUAAGGCUAUUACGUACUGAGAAAGAUGAAGGAAAAAUGCAGCUGCAGGCAGCUUUUUGCGCCUAGAAAGCAGUUAAAGGUAGAUCGCCUCUAGCAAAAUAUCAGUGGGGUGAAUAGAUACCAAGGAAAGCGACCUUUUCCGAGGAUGGUAGGCUCUCCUUCGUUUUUAGCACAAACAUAAACUGCAUUUAAGUAGAAAGAUCUUCUACGUCCUUGGUUAUCUUAUUAAUUUCCAUUCACAUGAUUCAAGGAGGGUAGUACCUACCAUUUUCCAGUUACUUUCAAUUCCAGUACCAACAUCCAUCCGCAUAUGAAUCCCAGUUAGAAUAUGGCUUUCUUCUUAGUCGGUGAGUAUUGCUAUUGGCUCAUUCAUCUUGCCUGCGAGAAUAAAAGUGACUCACUCUGCUCGAUCUAGUUCGUGUCCUGCUAGGCUAAAGUGUAUAGAGUUAUACUCGUGCCCCACCUCGUCUGCUUAAAAUUUCUGCCUUUCACUUCUAGCUAGUUGUUAGCGUCGCGUCAGUCAUUUCACGUACCAUCUUCUGAGCUCCUUGGCACUGACAACACUUUCCAAAAACGUAGCCCACUUGUUGGAGUCUACGCAGAUUUUUUGCGAGCAAGAAUGAAUGAGUAUUGGUGAUUUUUAUGUCUCCCGUUCUCGACAUAGGACCACGAUGAAUAAAAACCACCAGUACAUAGAUGAAGGAACCAGACGAUUCAACAUGAAGAUCAUUUCUUGAAAAAUCAAGAUAUCAUGAGAGCAUAUGGACAUAAGGAUAGGCAGUAUGAGAUCUGAGGGCACUGGUAAGCUGCUCGCGGGUCAGUUGCUUGUGUGACUUCCACAUGAUGUAGCUCACCCUCAGGAAAAGCAGCGUAGUGAUUUCCAGCAUCAUGUUGCUCUACAACAGUACUUGUAAGCUAUAGAUGAGUAGAGAUUUUCAUAUUUCAUUGCUAUUUGGUAUGCAUUUGGAAAUAUGAGCUAGAUGAGGACUGAAACUGGGAUUAAUUCGAUACAUGCUAAUGGUUAGUUUUUACUAGAAUCUGCUGGUAGGUUGAAAAUAAAGAUAAACCACGGUAUCGAGGAUAAAACUUGAUGCUUAUUUG